AUGGUAGCUGAUCUUCGUAUAAUCUGGUUGGUUGUUUCUGGUGAAGCGAUGUUAGUCCCUUAUCGUAGUAGUGGUUGUUGGCGUUGUUACACCGAUGUAAUUAAUUUAUUAAAGCAACUACUAAUUAAUUUUACGUUUGAUAGAAGAAGAGGAUAUUGGACUUUGAGGUUGUCAAUUGAUUUGGAGCAUCUGGGUUGUCUCAAUGAGAGCCUUUCGGUUGCUGAAGAUGGGUUUCUAGAUCCACGGGUUCGUGCUAGUUCCAGAACAACAUUGCAAAGGGUUUUACGUUUGGGAAAACCACCAAGGCGCAAGAAAACUCCUAGUUUUUCUGAGUCUGUCAAGAGGAAGAUCACUGAGCUGCAUGUUCAGGGGAGACCAUUGAACUGUAAAACUGGGAUGAAGAGCAGGUUCUAUGGUGAAGAUAAAGAACAAUGCGGAGUUGGGCAGCUUCCAAUGCAAUAUUAUGUCGGAGCAGGAGGCGGGUGGCAGGGUGUACAUACAGAGAGUGGCAUUUGGUUGACUAUUUUUGGGCUUCUUUUGUGGGACAUUAUUUUUUCCGAUGUACCAGAUGUCUUUCGCACUAGAUUUCAAACCGCCUCUUUAGAUUUGGAUACUGAUGGGUUUUAUGAAGCAAGAAAGAGUCUCCUAGAACCACUACUUGAAAAAAUCUAUGAUGGAAUGGCUAAAGAGAUCCUUAUUACAUCAUGGGAAUCACAUUUAGGAACAGCUUGUCACGGAGUUAAUUGGGACCGACAUUCACUAUCUGAGCUUCGAACGGCUGUGACAUGCAUUGGUGGCCCUUGUUUGGCCUCAAUCUGCCGGCACUUGGCUCAAGGUUACCAGAGCUGGUCUAGUGGAAUGCCUGAUUUAUUGUUAUGGCGCUUCCAUGGUGAUUAUAGUGGUGAAGCCAAGCUUGUUGAAGUUAAAGGCCCUAGGGAUCGACUCUCUUAAUAACAAAGAGCUUGGCUGUUGUUUUUAAUGGAUUGUGGCUUUAAUACCGAGGUUUGCAAAGUGAGUCCUGCUUUAGUAUUUGGAUGA